CUAAACUUUUAUCAAACUCAAAAAGCUCACCUUUACAUCUACCCAUAUCGAAGACAAAAGGCAAGAACUCCAUGAUUUUCUCAAGCAUGUCUAAAGCUAAUGUCAGGAGACAUAUUCUGGAGAAGAACAGAAGUCCUAAAGAAAAAGAGAAGCCAGCACAAAGUGUGCUGUCCAAACACUUGAAGAAAAUCUACCCAAUUGGACUUCAAAGGAGCACUUCAUCAUUAUCACUAUCAUCCUUAUCAUUGUCUUUGUCACAGAACUCGAAUGACUCCUCUCUUACAGAUCAUUCUAGCACCCCUCUGGAGCAGAAGAUUUCAUUAGCACUCAGCUUGAUUGCUCCCCAUCAUGAAAGAAGAGAAUUCGUCGUCCCGGUUGUUAAAAGUGUCCAGCAUCAUCAUCAUCAGCAGCAGCAACAACCAAGUCAGGAUCCUGGUAGUGGAGAACUCAGGAGGUGCAACUGGGUUACAAAGAAUAGUGAUAAAGUAUACGUAUCAUUUCAUGACGAGCAGUGGGGGGUUCCUGUUUAUGAUGACAACCAAUUGUUCGAGCUGCUUGCAUUGUCUGGUAUGCUGAUGGACUACAAUUGGACAGAGAUUUUGAAAAGAAAGGAACUAUACAGAGAAGCCUUCUCUGGCUUUGAUCCUGAGAUUGUUGCUAAAAUGGGGGACAAAGAAAUCAAUGAGAUAUCAUCAGACAAAGCCAUCAUGUUGGCAGAGAGCAGAGUGAGGUGCAUAGUAGACAAUGCUAAAUGCAUACUGAAGAUUGUGAGGGAAUAUGGAUCAUUCAGCAGCUUCAUGUGGGGUUACGUGAAUUACAAACCAACCAUCAACAGAUACAAAUACCCUAGAAAUGUUCCCCUCAGAACUCCAAAAGCAGAAGCCAUUAGCAGGGAUUUACUGAAGCGUGGAUUUCGGUUUGUUGGCCCUGUGAUUGUGUGCUCAUUCAUGCAAGCAGCAGGAUUGACAAUUGAUCAUCUGGUUGAUUGUUUCAGAUACAGUGAAUGUGUAGGCCUUGCUGAAAGACCUUGGAGGCACAUUUAACAUCUCUAUACUAACUCCUAAACUCCCUUUUCCCUCCUUUUUUGUAUUGAACAAAACCUAAGCUCUUGAUGUGUAUAGUCAUAAGGAGCAUCUAUGAAGAUGGCUAUGAAACUUUUUUGCAUAUGAAGUGAAACAGUAGCCUCGGGUUGUUUAUCCAGUAGAUAUAUGUGAAUUUGAGAUCUAUUUCUUGGGUUGGCAGAAUGUAGAUUGAAAAUACCAUCCUUCAUUCUUCA